CCGAGUUCAGAGAAAAACGCUCAAGCGAAGACAGAGAAGCAAGAGCAUUAAACACAGUGAGCAGCAGAGCAGGCUUGGAGGUUAAACAGCCCACAGAGCUCAUCAGUACCGCCGCGGAUCCAGUCGGACUUCGGUUUCGUCUUUUUUCCAGCAGCAGAGAGGAGUGGGGAACUUUGGAGAAAUGCAGUCGGUGUACAAGCACCUGAUCAGCCUGCUGUUCGUCUUCAUCAGCCUGCAGGUUAGACAGCUAACGGAGGGCUGCUCGUGCGCUCUGACGCACCCGCAAGACGCUUUCUGCAACUCCGACAUAGUGAUUCGAGCUAAAGUGGUGGGCAAGAAGCAAAUGAGAGAAGGGCCAUUUGGAACAAUGCGCUACACAGUCAAGCAGAUGAAGAUGUACAAAGGAUUUGACAAAAUCCAGCACGUGCAGCACAUUUACACAGAUGCCUCUGAGAGUUUGUGUGGCGUAAAGUUUGACAUCAACAAGUACCAGUACCUGAUCACAGGUCGUGUGUAUGAUGGCAAGGUUUACACAGGGCUCUGCAACAUGAACGAGAGGUGGGAGAGGCUCUCAUUGGCACAGAAGAAAGGGAUCAACUAUCGCUACCAGCUGGGCUGCAACUGCAGGAUUAAACCCUGCCACUACCUGCCUUGCUUCGUGACCUCAAAGAACGAGUGCCUGUGGACGGACAUGCUGUCCCACUUUGGUUUUCCUGGCUACCAGUCUCGGCACUAUGCCUGCAUCCAGCAGAAGGAGGGCUACUGCAGUUGGUACCGAGGCAUGACCAUCCGUGAUAAAACCACAAUCAACGCCACCGACCCCUGAAUCCAAACGCACCUAAUCCCAAAACUCACUGCCACCCCACCCCCGCCCCCCUUCCCCAGACUCCAUCCUGUUCCUGAUCACUUUUAGAGUAUUAAAGGACUCUUGUAAGGUCACUGGCCUAGAUGAUGGCCUCCCUUUAAAGGGGAGAGAGAAAAAAAGAGCAAAUAUAUUACAGUGCCUGUUUGUAGCACUUCUGAUAGAGAGAAAAAAAGCCUUUUUGUUGUACAGAUUUCCCUUUUAGUAUGUUUUUCCCAUUCAACAGUGUUUUAAUCAAACUGUCUUUUAUGAUCGGGUGGUGUUAAUAAAAAGUAAAGACAUACAGGGCCAAUAUGAAGUAUAAGACUGUGAUUGACCUCAAUUGGGAUAUUUAAAACAUUUUCUACAAUAUCAAGUGUUACUGUUCUUAAAUAGCAACUUGUAGCUAGUCGAACUCAAGUGCAGGGCUACUCAAUUCGGUCCUAGAAGGGCUGCAAUCCAGCAGGUUUUCUAUGUUUCCAAGACACCUGACUCAAACUGAUGAGUCAUUGUGCAGUCAUUAUGCCCUCGUAGGACCGAAUUAAGUAGCCGUGCUCUAGUGUGAUUGUCAUUUUUGCAUUAGAAAGUUCAUCUUCUGUAAUGCAAGGACUCCACAGCUAGGUCUCCAGUUAUUCAGUGAACUUCAGUUAGACAAAAUACAACCAAAAAGACACAAGGUAAACUGGAGUUGCAAAGCUCCUGCAACAUCACAUAUGUACUGCACUUGCCAGCAACACUGCCAAUAGUUCUUUUAACACAGAUUCAGUGCCAAUACCUGUACAAUUUGACAAUUAUGCUUUUCAUUUGGCUCCAAAAACUUAUAAAAAAAAAUACAUUUUACAGUGAGGUAUACAUUGAUUAUGUUCCCAGCUUUUUACUGUAACAUGUGUCUAUAUGACAGUAUAUGAUGGUAGUGUCUCUGCUUCCCUGAUUGUUUGUAUUGUGACUCAUUUUGCAGUUUCAUCACAGACAAACUCCCCACUGUUGUGCAUGUCAGAAAAAUGUUGAUAUCAAGCAGUGCCAAUGCAGGGAAGAGCUCUUGUUUUUGAAAAAGAUUGUGAUAUUUUAUUUUUUGCUGUAUAUAACAUAAGCUACAGAAAUGAACUAUCAACUCAGCUGAAACCUCUAUAUUACAUUUAUUUAUGUUUAUUGGAUUACAAAGUAACUAUGUGGUGUAUGUGCAGAAAAGGAGGAAAAAAUAUAUAUAUAAAAUAAGCCAAACUUUUUGUGACAAGCAGAGCAGCAUGUUAAAAUGUCCAGAAUGAAGGACAAGUAUCUGCAAAUUUAUUAUUAUGGUACUUUUCUGUUUAAUCUUCGUUCUCUUGGCUGGUACUCAACUAUCCAGUGACAGUACAGUAUAAACAGGGGUUUCAGAGAAUGAGAUAUUUUUUAAGUGUAUAUUCAAUCUUUUAUAUUUAACUAUUUUAAAUGGAUAUUAUGUAUAAAUAAAAGUAAUAAUAUUGUCACUAAAUUCAUUCUUGUUCACCUGAACCCAUCUGGGGUUUUUUGUAUUUCUACUUCCCUUCAGUUCAUUCCAUUAACAGACCCAGUCUGGCCACAAAGAGGGCUAACAGCUUAUUUAUCACUUAUGCUAAAACAGAACACCAAGCACAAAUACUGUUCCAAUAAGUUUUAUUUUCUAAGCUAAAAUGAUACCUUAAUUAUGUCUAAUCAAGAAAGGGGACACAUUUAUUUGCUUUCCUGUGUAAAAGUUAGGAGAGAAAAUUGACAUUGCUUUUUUAUCAGUAAGCUAAAAAUUAGGCCAGUGACAGUAGUUAGCUUAGCUUACAUAUGACAGUAUUACAGUUAGCUAAGUUGAGCGAUUUCUUAGUUGGUUUAAGUGACUUUUCUGGGAGUCUCCAAAUGUUCACAUUUUAAUAAAAAAAAAAAGUUUAAGAUUACAUUAAGAUUAAUUAAUUGGUGAGCUUUUGAUUUUCUAUUACACAUAUCCUA